AUGGCAGUCAACAAACGCCUCGUCAUCAUUGGCGUCGUCGUGCUUUGUGCGGUAAUCGGCGCCAUCAUUGGCGUGAUCGUCGCCACUUCGUCCAGCUCGAGCUCCACUUCGUCCGGGGACUCGACGUCCCCAAGUGACUCGCCCACUUCUGACGGCAGUGGCGGCACCACCUCCGGCUCGACCCCUCGCAAGAGGUCCAGCAACUCGACAAAGUCGGGGGUUGCUAAUUCAACGGUCUCCACUGUGACAUCCGACCCCACAAAAGCGACCUAUUGCUUGUCUCUUCUGGCUGUGGGUGAUUGGGGCAUGUCCCUCGCUGGUGACUCGUGCUGCAGUCGCUCCGACACGUUCACGAACUACGACAUCGUGGCUGAAGAUGUCGUGGCCAGCAUCAUGGACACUCAAGCGGGCGCUAUUAGUGUUAAGCCUCGCUGUGUACUCGGCCACGGGGACAGUUUGUACUGGACAGGCAUCGACAACGCCAAUGAACGUGACUCGCGGUUCGCCACGACAUUUGAAGGCAAAUUUAAGGGCAAGAACUUGGCUGGCAUUCCCUUUCUGAACGUCAUGGGCAACCACGACUAUGGUGGAGCGAGUUACAUUUGCUCGGACGGGGAGUUCAAGGUCAAGUGCAAGAGCGCAGACGAGGUGGUGGCUGCGCUGGACGACAAGUUCAAGUGGCAGCAGGAGUACACGAGUCCGAACGACGAUCGCUGGGUGCUCAAGGACCAUUUUUACGUCCACUCGAUUGAGGACGAAGCGUCGGGUGUGAGCAUUGACAUUUUCAAUGUGGACUCGGGAGACGCCGAUGUCCACGCUGCAAUGCAGGUGUGUUGCCAGUGCUAUGGCUAUGCAGAGGGAGACAACAAGAAGUGCAAAGGCGUGUCUCGAGGAAGCGAGUAUUGUGCUGGUGGUGACAAUGACAUGUACGACGCGUGCUUUGCCAAGUUUACCGAGUGGAGUGAUGACUCGCGCAAGCAGUUGGCAGAGAAGGCGGCAGCGUCGAAGGCGACGUGGAAGAUUGUCAACAGCCACUACAGUCCGAGUGUGCACUACGAUGAAGACGGCAUGAAGGAGUGGUUUGACAUUCUCGAGGGCAGUGGGAUUCACCUGUGGAUGUACGGCCACACGCACGGCGAGAAGCACGAUUUCUCGAAAUUACUUGGUGUCCAUUUUAUGGAAAACGGUGCUGGUGGCGGUACGCAAAAGGAGUCCGCCAGUGCCCUCACGACGUACGCGGCUGAAUACAUCGAAAACAUUUGGACGUUCUCAGGCGCCGAGUACGGCUUCUUCUCGGUCUUGGCGUCGGAGGAAUGGCUCAAGGUGGAGUACCACACGGCCGACACGUCGUGGGCGUAUGGUUCGAGUUUUGGUGAGACGACUGUUGGUGGGGUGGAGACCAAGCACUGCUGGUAUGUUCCGGCGGACGGCACGGAGGGCGAGGAAUGCCCUGCGUAG